AUGUCUAUCCUCUCACUCCGCGAGGAUCGGCCGACGCCCAGCGCCGUCUACAACUGGCGCAUCUACGCCUGUGCGGUCGUUGUGUCGUGGGCGUCGUGCAUGAUCGGCUACGACUCGGCCUUUAUUGGCACCACCAUUGCCCUGCCCUCGUUCAUUGCUGAAUUCAACCUCGCCUCCUACUCGGACUCCAAGCGUGCUCUGAUUUCCGCCAACAUCGUUUCCGUCUACCAGGCUGGCGCCUUCUUCGGCUCCCUGGCCGCCUAUGCGUCCUCCUACUUCAUCGGCCGCCGCAAGUCGCUGUGGCUGUUUUCUGUGCUCUUCAUUGCCGGCGCCGGCGGCAUGCUGGCUGCCAAUGCGCAGCGCGGCCUCAACGUGAUUGUCGGCACGCGCUUCCUGGCCGGCUUCGGCAUUGGCGGCGCCUCCAACAUGGUCCCCAUCUACAUCUCGGAGCUGUCCCCGCCGGCCAUACGCGGCCGUCUCGUCGGCAUGUACGAGCUGGGCUGGCAGGUUGGUGGCCUGGUGGGCUUCUGGAUCAACUACGGCAUCAGCGAGCACCUGCCCUCCAACAACACCCAGUGGCUGAUCCCCUUUGGUGUGCAGCUGAUCCCGGCCGGCCUGCUGCUGAUUGGCAGCUUCUGGGUGCCCGAGUCCCCCCGCUGGUUGUUCUCCAAGGGCCGGCGCGAGGAGGCCAUGAAGGUCCUGUGCUGGCUGCGGCAGCUGCCGGCGGACGACACGUACAUGCUGCAGGAGGUGGCCUACAUUGACGAGGACCUGACGCGGUUCCGCGACGAGAUGGGCGCGGGCUUCUUCAAGCCGUUCCGCGCGCUCAAGAAGAGCCGCGUGCAGUGGCGCUUCUUCCUCGGCGGCAUGCUGUUCUUGUGGCAGAACGCGACGGGCAUCAACGCCAUCAACUACUACUCGCCCACUGUCUUCAAGACGCUCGGCAUCACGGGCACCAACACGGGCUUCCUGACGACGGGCAUCUUUGGCGUCGUCAAGACGUCCAUCACGUUCGUGUGGCUGCUGUACCUGAUUGACCGCCUCGGCCGGCGCAACCUGCUGCUGUUUGGCUCGGUUGCCGGCUCGGUCUGCAUGUGGAUCAUCGGCGCCCUCGUCAAGGACGUGAUUCCCAAGGUCGACUCCUCCGCCGGCAUGUCCCCGGGCGGUGUCGCGGCCAUUUUCUUCUUUUACCUGUGGACGGCCGUCUACACGCCCUCGUGGAACGGCACGCCCUGGGUCAUCAACUCGGAGAUGUUUGACCAGAACACGCGCUCGCUCGGCCAGGCGUCGGCCGCCGCCAACAACUGGUUCUGGAACUUUUUGAUCUCGCGCUUCACGCCGCAAAUGUUCCUGAAAAUGGGCUACGGCGUCUACUUCUUCUUUGCCGCGCUCAUGCUGCUGUCGUCCGUCUUUGUUUUUUUCCUGCUGCCCGAGACCAAGGCCAUUCCCCUCGAGCAGAUGGACCGCCUGUUUGCCACCAAGCCCGUCCGCGGCGCGCACGCCGUCGUCAUGGACGAGCUGGCGCGCAUCAGCGACGUGCAGCGCCAGGAGAGCGACGAGAAGCCGGUGGUGGCAGCGGAGGAAUAUGCCUAA